ACACAAUUGUAUAAGCUUUUAGUGACAGAGCUCAUAUUUUCAUUGCAACUGUGGAGCGUUGAGUAGAAAGCAAUAUGGCAGAGAGUGACGAAUUACCUGGUCGCGUUGUGCGAAUCGACAGAAAUUUUGCGAAUAUUUCGGUAUCAGGUCGGGCCGGUAAUGCUCGGCUCGAUAGGUCGGUUGCUCGCCGUAUCACGGGUUCGUACAUUGAUGAUGUCCGUGACAUUCUGGAAAUGAAUGCUCAGGUCAAGGUUCGAAUUGUUCCAAUGUCUGAGGAGGCCCUGUCAAAGUUUCCUCAACGAAUUCGGAUGACGGUGAGGAGAAAUUCUCAAUGGGAAGUGAAGUUUUUCAGGAGAGACAUCGAACCAGCUGCAGCGCCUCAGGUAAGUCAGUUCAACGUUCCAGAGAAAACCCUGGAGAAACAACCUCCUAGCACUACAGGGAAGACUAUACAGACUGCUGCUGCAUCUGCUACUGGGGCAUCGGCUACUGGCUCAUCGGCUACUGGCGCAUCGGCUACUGGCGCAUCGGCUACUGGGGCAUCGGCUACUGGGGCAUCGGCUACUGGGGCAUCGGCUACUGGCUCAUCUGCUACUGGCUCAUCGGCUACUGGCUCAUCGGCUACUGGGGCAUCGGCUACUGGCGCAUCGGCUACUGGCGCAUCGGCUACUGGCGCAUCGGCUACUGGCUCAUCGGCUUCUAGCUCAUCGGCUGCUGCUGGUUCUGCUACUGGCGGUCCUGUUGAUUUCAAAGAUGUGCUCAGUCAAACCGAAAUCAUCGAUUCUGUGGGGGCCUGUAAUCGAGUUCUUGAUCCGAUCCUUGACCAGUCUAGAAGAGAGACUGUGGUUAUCGGACUCGAUUGUCAAGGUGUCAACUUAGGGAAAGAGGAGGGAUGCCUGACUCUUGUUCAGAUCUCCACGUGGGACAAAAAAGCAUUCCUCUUUGAUGCCUUCAAGAACCCUCAGCUUCUCAAAGGAAACUCUAGUCUCAAGAAGAUACUAGAACAUGACAGCAUCCUGAAGGUGAUUCAUUUUUGUAAAAGUGACACAUACUCCCUGCAUCAUGGGUUUGGUGUAACACUCAGGAAUGUGUUUGAUACUUCGAUUGCGAUAAACACACUAACGGAGGAAGUGAACAUGAUUACCCACUCCAACUUCGUGACUUUUUGUAAGCUUGUUGGAGUGGGCGGGUAUGGCAGAAAUCGUGACUUUUGGAACAAGAUGAGUGAGACGCCAGAUUUCUGGAAGAUUCGACCAUUACCAGAAGAGAUGAUUUACUACGCUGCAUCUGAUGUAUUGUGUUUGGUUCCGCGCGGCUACACGAAAUUAGAGGGUUAUUGCAAACUGCUGACACCGCUUCAGCGAGCCCUGAUAACAUCGUCUUGCAAAGACGACGUGGAAAACAUCCAACUAGGCAACGAACAGAUGACAUCAGAAUCCAGACUCACCUGUUUGAAACGCCAACCACCGUUCAUGAUUAACAUCGAAGACAGCGACGACAGCUACAGGUACUACGGGGACGAUGAUCCUUUCCCAGCCUACAACAGCGACGAUGAUUAUUUCGGAGCCUACGACAGCGAUUGGUGAUUACUAUUAAAUCUUAUCACACCCGAAAACGAUUUAUUUCAUAUAUUCAUUUUAUUACCAUAUCAAUUAUAAAUGGCCUCUUUAAAGAGAUGUGUUUCAUCGCAUGAUUAGCUUGUUAUGAUAGCAGAUUGAACUCAUUACCAAUUAGGAGGAAACAGGGAUAGCUUCACAAUCACUGCAGUGUCAUGAAAAUGAUUAUGGUGAUGGUGUUAAUGAUGGAGAUUCACAGCAUAUAAAUAGUGCCCCAUUUUUCUUUAAACCGGCACUUACAUUUCCUGAAAUAGCUGUUUGAACUUUUUCGAAGGUACCAAGUGUGGGUAAUUUUUUACUAAUGCCCGAACAAAGCCAUGUGUAUUAUUUGUUUUUUUAAAUAAUGACGUGGAUCCUUGUCAUUUGAUAAAUCAACCUCAUCUCAAAGUUCAUACAUUAAUACUAUGUCUACAUCUAUGAUCUAGAUAAAUUUAGAUCUAACGUUAGUAGAUCUAACUUUAGUAGACUAGAUCUAGAUCUACUAUACUACCAGCACUACUUAAUUGUUACUAGGCCUAGUUAGUGUUAGGUCUAUAGUAGUAGUACUACUGUUUUAUUCAUGUUGUGAUGUGUUUGAUGUACUAUGUUCUAUUAUGUAAUAGAAAAGGUCAGAUUAUAUCAUGCGUUAUGCCCCGGCGGUGCAGCCGGGCCGACUACGG